AUGGCAAAUUUGCUGGGAGCAAAGCUCAGUUUUCCUGGAAUGAAACCAUAUUUCAUAAACCCAGUGAAUAAGGAAAAAGUACAUAUCAUUGUGGACGCAUGCCACAUGAUUAAAUUAGUACGUAAUACUUUGGGUGAUUGGGGCAUAUUAUGUGAUGGAAAUGGAGAUUCCAUUAAAUGGUAUUAUUUUAAAGAACUGGUGAAGCUGCAAGAGGAAUCAGGGCUUCAUUGUGCCACUAGACUAAGGUCUCGACAUAUUAACUAUUACAAAGAAAAAAUGAAAGUGAAGCUUGCUGUCCAGACCUUUAGUGCUAGUGUUGGUGAUGCCCUAGAAUACUGUAAUCAGGACUUGAAUAUUACAAAAUUAGAGGUAGUGAAGCAACUGUUUCUUUCUGUCGAAAAAUUAACAAUAUUUUUGACGUUUUAAAUGUUAGAAAUUUCUAUGGGAAACUCCUUGUAAAAGGCCUCUUUUCAAGGGAAACAGCGAAACCUUCAAAAAUUUUAUCAAAGAAUCUGUAGAAUAUUUAAGUUCAUUGACAGAUCAAAAGCACGAUAAAGUAACUUAUAAGCUAAGUCAAGAUCAUCUUGAAAUGUUUUUUUCAGCAAUCCGUUCAAGGGGAGGCUU